AAAACCAAAAAAAGAAAGAGAGACAUUGAGUAACUUGUGUGUGAUGUAAGAGUCAAGAAACAGAGGACUCUUCAGAGUUAAGACCAAACUCCCGUCUCAAAAUGCGUAUGAGUUUUUAGCGGAAAAUCCAGAGAACCCAUUUGUUGAUAAGGAUUCAUGGCCCAAAUAAUUAUGAUAAGGCUUUGCUGAGUUGAGCUUAGUUGCAGACAGAUCUGGUUAGCAUUGAGCUUUCAAAUGCCUUGAUUAUGGACUAGAGUAAAUGCUUUAGUGGAUAUUGUUCCCCAUAAGAGAUUUUAACUUUGCCACUGUGAAAUCUAUCCGAGAUUGGUAAGGUAAUGGCCGCAGCAGAAGCAAAAGCAGCAAGGUGGCAUACAGCUAAUCAUUCCUUUGUCCAAGAAGAUGUGAGGAAAGCUCCAAAAUUUUCUUGCUCCCCAUCAUCUUCUUCCUCAAAAUCAGAGUCUGAUGGUGCACCUAAUAAUGCUGCAAGUGGACCUGAUCGUCCCUCCCCAACUUGCAUUCCCAAUAAACCAUCGAACAUUAAAUGGUGGUUGAACCUGCAACCGCACUUUGGGCACCACAAGGAUUUUACGUAUGAACAGCUAAACGCCUUGGAGACUGAGCUUGAAGUUUUGAGUUCUGGAUUUGUUAAUAAGUCUGCAAAAAUUAGUGAGGAUCACCAACCCAAGGGAAAAUUUAGUAAUCAAACUGGUAUGAAAAACAAUAAUAAUUCUUUUGUGGAGAAACCUUGGGAGGUUUCUGCCACUUGUAAAAAUAAUGAACAUGAUGCUGGAAUGCAAGAAUUCAAGGCUGUACUUGGUAAUGAUUCACAGAGAACUACUAAUAAAAAGGAAUUGGGGGAGUUCUGGUACUUGGACGAUAAAUUGAUGGGCUUGGACUCUUUCAACUGCUUGGUCUCAGAACAAGCGAAGAGGCUUUCUUCUGAUCUGGGAUCCAAUUGGGUGGGAACUGAGAAGACUGAGCCUUGGUGGCGCUCUGCUGGUCAAGAUGAGUUGGCUUCCUUGGUUGCUCAGAAGUCACUUGAACAUAUUGAGAAUUGUGAUCUUCCCCGACCCCUGGCCAAGCAUUUUAGGAAGGGGCCAUCUGCUUGUACAGAGUGUUUUGAUCAUGAUGAGAGUUUGGCUUCAUCUUUAGAUAAGAUGGUUGAUAAGGGAUUCUCUAGUCUGAAGAACUAUACCUGGGAAAGCCCCAAUACUGAUCACUCACUUCAGGAUUCAGACCAACCUUUCAGUAACAGUAUUGGUAAUUGUACAAUUAAGGACGAGGCAGAUGAUGAUCCUAGCAAGACUAAAUUGUUGGAGGCACUGUGUCAUUCUCAAACACGAGCAAGGGAAGCUGAGAAAGCAGCACAGCAAGCCUAUACUGAUAAGGAGCACAUUAUCAUGCUCUUUUUAAGACAGGCAUCACAGCUCUUUGCUUAUAAGCAGUGGUUCCAGCUGCUGCAGCUCGAGAAUCUCUACAUCCAGCUCAAGAACAAAAACCAACCUAUUUCCAGUCUUUUUCCGGUUGUCUUACACAGAGGCAGGCAAAUGAAGAAGGGUCAGAAGAGGGCUGAGAAGAGAAAGCGUGGUAGACAAAGGAAUGAAAUUAGAAAGUGUGCAGUUGCUUUUGCAGUGGGGUUAGGUCUUGCCGGCGCUGGUUUGCUCAUUGGUUGGACCAUGGGGUGGUUGUUUCCACCUCUUUAAAUUGCUCCUUGGUUAUGGCUGUCAAUGACACUCCUGUUCAGUUAACCAUGAUGCUUGAAUAGAAUUUGCUUUGCAUUUUGGUCA